UCCAGACAGAGAUAUGGAGUCCUCAGCAGUGAUUCCUUUUCCUCUUCUGAUGAUGAUGAGGAUUUUGAAAUACAGAAGAAGAAGAGAAAUUUAAGGAGAUCUCUUCUGGUCAGCUUUCAGAAGUGUGCCUCAACAGGAGUUGACAAGGAUACCAUGAAAACUGGAGGAAGUCUGGCUGACAUGGAACAAAUGCAAAUAGAUGGUUCAGUACAGUUUGAUGGCGUGGGUGGUCUUUCUGACCACAUUUCAUCUUUAAAAGAGAUGGUCAUUUUUCCAUUGCUUUAUCCUGAAAUCUUUGAGAGAUUGAAAAUUGAACCUCCAAGAGGCUGUCUAUUCUAUGGUCCACCGGGGACAGGAAAGACACUGCUUGCUCGUGCACUUGCUAAUGAAUGCAGUCAAGGUGACAUGAGAGUGACCUUUUUUAUGAGAAAAGGUGCUGAGUGCCUGAGUAAAUGGAUAGGAGAAUCUGAACGACAGCUUCGUACAUUAUUUGAGGAGGCCUACCAGAUGCGACCUUCAAUUAUUUUCUUUGACGAGAUUGAUGCUCUGGCUCCUGUACGGUCCAGUAAACAAGACCAAAUUCAUAGCUCUAUUGUGGGGACACUUCUGGCACUUAUGGAUGGCUUAGCCAGCAGAGGAGAGGUUGUGGUGAUAGGAGCCACCAACAGACUGGAUUCUAUAGAUCCUGCUUUGCGAAGACCUGGGCGCUUUGAACGAGAAUUCCGCUUCAGUUUGCCAAACAAAGAGGCAAGAAAAGAAAUUUUCAAAAUUCACACACGAGACUGGAAGCCGAAGCCAUCGGACCACUUGCUUGAAGAGCUGGCUGAAGAAUGUGUUGGAUACUGUGGUGCUGAUAUUAAAGCCUUAUGUGCCGAAACUGGUCUCUGUGCUUUGCGGCAUCGCUAUCCUCAGCUAUACGAAAGCAGACAGAGACUGCAGAUAAACAUGGAUUCAAUUAAAAUAAAAGCAAAUGAUUUUUCCAUGGCCAUGCAGAAGACUGUUCCAGCUUCACGGAGGGCUGUGCCUUCCCCUGGGCAAGCACUAUCAGCUAUUUCAAAGCCACUGUUAGAAGACACACUGGAAAGGAUUUUACAAACUUUGCAGAGAGUAUUUCCCCAUGCUGAGCUUGCACUAAAGAAGGACCAACAGCAAGAUGGAUUAUGCAGGAAAGUUAACAACCCUCUCUUCUCUUUAAAUCCUAUUUUAGGAAAUUAUGUGAUUGACAGUGAUGAGGAAUCACCAUCAAUCUCUGAAGAGAAGCAGACUCAUAAAACAUGUGAUCACAAGAAGGCAGAAUUCCUCACUUUCAGCAGAAAUCCUCGUGACCAGCCAACGUCUUACAGGCCACGCUUCUUACUAAUUGAAGAGCCAGGAUCUGGGCAAGCUUCUGAUUUGGCAGCUGCAGUAAUACAUUCCCUGGAAAAGUUUCCAAUUUAUUCACUAGAUACACCAACUUUGUUUGCUAGCACAUUACCAGAUGAGACAUGUGUACAGUUGAUGCGAGAAGCUCAGAGAUCAGCACCAAGUAUCAUAUAUGUCCCACAAAUCCCUUCAUGGUGGGACACUAUUGGAACUACGCUGAGAUCUGUUUUUACAACACUACUGCAGAACAUCCCAAGGUUUACUCCAGUUUUAUUCCUUGCAACAUCUAAUGUACAACUGAGAGAUCUCCCAGAAGAGAUAAAAGCAUUGUUUAAUAAUGAAUAUGAAGAAGUUUUCAGAAUCCCGCGUCCAACCUGUGCUGAGAGAAGACGUUUUUUUGAGGACUUAGUUAUGAAGCAAGCUGCUCAACCUCCUGCAUUAAAAACCAAUACAACUUGCCAGCCUUUGGAAGUGCUGCCUGUAGCACCACCACCUAAGCCUCGAAAGCUGACGGAGGAAGAAAUAAGGCAGUUGGAAGAGCAGGAAGAGGAUACGUUGCGUGAACUCAGGAUUUACUUAAGAGAUGUGGCUCAAAGACUUGUCAUUGACAAACGUUUCAAAGUAUUUACAAAGCCCAUUGUCUCAGAGGAGGCACCCAAUUACAAGGACACCAUUAAACAGCCCAUGGACCUCUUGACAGUUCUCUCCAAGAUUGACAUGCACCAGUACUUAACUGCAAGAGAUUUUCUAAAGGACAUCGAUCUAAUCUGUAGCAAUGCUUUAGAGUACAAACCAAAUAAAGGGCCUGCAGAUCAUUUCCUGAGGCACAAAGCUUGUACUUUGAGUGAUACUGCAUAUUCCAUAGUGAGGAAUGAAAUGGAUGAAGGUUUUGAGCAACGCUGCCAAAAAAUUAAAGACUCUCGUAAGGAAAGAGGUAUCCACACAAGACCCAAUUCUUUGCACUGCGGGUGUGAGAAAGCAAACCCAAAGUGUAAUGAGAAAUGGAAGAUGCCCACAGCACCUGUGGAUGCCAGUGCCUCCUGCUCUAAUGGCAAGUUGCAUUUUAUUCAGUCUUUUUUGGAGAAGUUGCUAAAGUCACUGCUACCUUCUCUGUUUCUGUGGCCUAAAAGCAGGUUCCUGUGA